AACGUUCUUCCGAUCCGACGAAAUCCCAUCUCGCGGCGCGCCCUCCCAUUCGGCGGUGAACUGAAUGGGGGCAGUCCGACACUUAGCGAAAUUAAAUCCGCUAGUACCUCCCUUGUUUCUUCGCUCCACAAGCCGGUAGUUUACCCUCCACCACCGCUAUCGGGCACAAGCUAGCUCAGAAGCUCGCCCCCUGAAGAAGAAAAGUCCUCAGCGUCGAGUUCGGGCCAGCGUGUCGCCGCGAGUCUUCCCUGCCGACUGAAGCGAAGCGACGGGCGGAGCUGCAAGUGCAAGCGUGUCCAGGAAUGAGCAAUGAUGGCCGGCUGUGCAACAGAGGAGAAAACCUUCCGACGGUUCUUGGAGCUCUUUCUCCGGGAAAUGAGCCCUCCUCUGCAGGACAGCGACCCGCUGCCCUCGCGCCCCUUGACGGACUUGGUGUGUGAGGACGAGGUGGAGGGGGAAUGCCUCGAUUUGUGUCUGCAGCACCUCUACAAAUAUAACUGUCCAUGCUCACUGGCGGCAGCUUUGGCCAGGGCCACGUCGGACAGCAUCCUGCAGAGCGACCUCACUAUCCACCACCUCAUCAAGAGCAUGGAAGAUGGAGUCGGACCCUUACCACAGAUCGAGGCGGUCAAGUUGACGCGGCUCAUCUUCAACCGCCUCUUUGAUACGUGCAACGCGUGGACCAAGGAGCUGCCCUACCGCCGCCGCCCGCAGCCCUACUAUGAGACGUCCAUCCACGCCAUCAAGAACAUGAGGCGCAAGAUGGAGGACAAGCAUAUCAUCAUCCCCGACUUCAACACGCUUUUCAACAUUCAGGAUCAAGAAGAACAGGCGUUCUUUGCCGUGUUUGACGGACACGGAGGCGUGGACGCCGCCAUUUACGCCGCCAACCACCUCCACGUCAACCUGGCUCGCCAGGACUCGCUAAGCCAAGACCCCGGCGAGGCUCUGCGCCGCGCCUUCAAAAUCACCGACGAGCACUUUGUCAGGAAAGCCUCGCGGGAGAACCUGCGCUGCGGCACCACGGGCGUGGUGACCUUCCUGCGCGGCCAGACGUUGCACGUGGCCUGGCUGGGAGACUCUCAAGUUAUUCUGGUCCGUCGGGGAGAAGUGGUGGAGCUGAUGAAACCGCACAAGCCAGACAGAGAGGAUGAGAAGCAAAGGAUCGAAGCUCUGGGAGGCUGCGUGAUCUGGUUCGGGACGUGGAGGGUGAACGGCAGUCUGUCGGUAUCCAGAGCCAUCGGCGACUCGGAGCACAAGCCCUACAUCUGCGGCGACGCCGACCACGCCGCCUUCCCGCUAGACGGUUCGGAGGACUACCUCCUCCUGGCCUGUGACGGCUUCUGGGACACGGUGAGUCCGGACGAGGCGGUGCGGGUGGUGAGCGAUCACCUCCAGGAGAACGCCGGAGACACGGCCAUGGUGGCGCACAAGCUGGUGGCCUCGGCCCGCGACGCCGGCUCCAGCGACAACAUCACCGUCGUUGCCGUCUUCCUGCGGGACCCGCGCACCCCGCCGCCACCCGCCAGCACCGAGGAGGACGACGACGAGGGCGCCGCCGAGGUGGAAGAGGAGCCCGUGGCCGAUGCCAAGGAGGAACCCGAAGAGGAGGAGGAGGAGGAAGAGGAGGACGCGGGAAGGGCGGAGCGAGGCGGCGAGGGGGGCAGCGCGGCGGACAACGGCGGCAAAAGCCGCGGAGGAUGGCCCUUGCAGCAGUGCUCGGCGCCCGCCGACCUCGCCUACGAAGAUCGGACCGACUCCUUCACGGACAGAACCAGCCUCAGCCUCGGGGUGCCCGCGCUGGGGGGUCGCAUGCCUAUCCUGCGGGGCUCGCACUUCCUAGAGAAGCGCCCGCUGAGGCGCAGAUCCCGCCUCUCUUUCACGGACCCGCUGGGGCCCCGGACCACCUGGCUGUUCGGCCGGGUGCCCGGGCCGAGACGCCACCUCAGGUGUCGCCGUGGAUUCGCCGAGCCGCCCGGUUCUUCACCCCUCCACGCCAUCUGGAGGCCCGGCGCGGCCGUGCCCCGACUUUCCCGCGACGCCACCAUCUGACGGGAUCCGCCGCCCCAACACGGAACCACCUCCCUCCCUCCCGUUUAUCCUCCUCCCAUCUGACACGUUUCUUUUUGGCUAGUUUAGAUAGUUGUGGCUCCUGCGUUCGUAAACGUGACAAUUGACUGGUGGUGUCUGUCCCAAACAAACAAAAAAAGCAAAUGAAACGUAGUCAGUGUUAGCCAGCCCACCAAACACAAGCUUCGCUCCAAAGUAUACCACCACGUCAUCGUGAAGCUACAAAGCUUCCACACUGAUGGUUUUUGCUCAUUUCCAACUUUUCCACAUUUGGCGAAAAGUUGCAUUGCCGACGCAUGCUUUUCAUUGGUCAGGUGGACGGUUGGUUCCUUUCAGGGUUUUUAACACCGAUACCACUGACCCCUCUCUCGUUCCGCCCACGGCUCGUCUACAGAUAAAAGCGUUUAAAUGGUGGAUUACAGAAGAUUAGUAGUUACUUACCUGAUUAGAUGUUGUAUCAUGCUUUCCCCAAUGUGGAUUUAGGCCCGGCGUUAAUGGGCCUUUGGGAGAGGACAAAGGGUGAUUUGGGGAUGUGUUCCGUCGAUGUCUGCUGAUGCAAUUAUUGUCAGCGGAACACAGCGUGGAGACUUGAAAAGCUACAGAACACGUGCCUUCUGUCAAAGCCACCUUACCCCAAAACUUACUAAUACAGUCUGGAUCAUCAGCAUCAUUUAUUUGGUUUCUGAAACCAAGUAGCCAGCUAACCAAUUGGGUAGCUCGAUAGCCAUUAGCAUAUCAGCCGAGUUUCCAAAAAUACCAUGUCUUAAACUACAAUAAAGAUUGGAAACCAGUUAGUUGGCUAGCUCAGAAUAUAGAGAUACAACAAUUUAAAAAAAGACCAAGUGUAUUAUUUUGGUUUCCAACAUCAAGCUGAUUUUCACUGUCCAGUUUUCUAAUCUUCUUGCUUCUUACAUAUACGCAUAUUAAGUGACACUUGAGCUCAUCCUUUUACCAUUGUUUGCACAUUUUCUGUUACUGAUGAUCCUAAGAUAGCGAACAGAGCCGUUUUUGUUGUUGUUGUCUGUAAAUAAAACUACAGUAUUAAUCACCUUUGCGAUGCUAAUGUCAAUUACCGCGUAAUCCAUAGCGUCACUUGACUCCAUCAAUGGAAUGACAAACCACAUGUAAUCCUGCUAAUAGACCUUCUGGAUAUUUCACAACUUUAUGCGAAAUAACCACUAACUGGCCUAAUGUAAUUAAAUGGUAUUCCAUUAAUUCUCAUUACGCAUUUAGUGUGCUUAAUGAAUGAUGACGGAUUUUAUAUUGGUAGUAUUUUUUUCCAUUUUUGUUUCUUUCUUUCAAAUGGUCACUUGCUUUUGCAUCGUUGCUGCUAUCAAAACAACUUUGCUCCCAUCUGCUUGAUGAAGUGACCCAUAAAAUUUGCACAUUCUGUGACGUACGUGCGUAGCUUCUUCGUCACUCCCCAUAAAAACUUUUCUGCCUUUUGUUUGUGUCGCUGAACUGUAUAAACGGUACCGACACAGAACGGAGACCUGGGGGCAACUUUUCCGCCUUCAGAGUCGGAAAAAAAAAUUGGGGUAUUUGGCGAUGCCUGUAUUUUUGUGACACUCGACACCCACUUCUCCCGGCUUGUUGUGUUUAAAGGCUGUCACUGUUUCCUGCUGCUACAUAUUGUAAACCUGACCACCAAUAGUUGUUCAAUCAUUGUGAUCGCCGUAGCUGCAGCUUUAUUUUAUCCGCCUUAAACCACAUUUUGCCAGUCGCCCUCCACUUUGUUGCAAACUGUUUUAUUUUGAAAGCACACUUCUUGCAAUAAUAACUCUAUUUGAAUUCUACUAAUGAAUCGCUAGUACAGGAAGGUUCAUAUUGGUUAUGAAAUGAAUGCUGCUUAGAUAACAUUGUGCUGUCAAAAAAGGUUUCAUCUUUACCCUUUCAUAGUGAUAAAAAUGAACACUGUUGAACUAAAUGCACAUUAAAUCAAUUUUGUCAUUGAUCCCGUUUUUGGAUGUUUCUGCAAGAGGUGACCCAGAGUCGCACUGAUGAAGCACUCAUAAGUACUGAGUGCAACAAUAGGCUGCCCCCCCCCCUUUUUUUUGUCAGAAGUUGAACCUUGAUUUCAACUAAUCUGAAGAUUUGCCUUUGCUUUAUUCAUUCAUAAUCAGAGUUAGCCCACUCUAGUUGUCAUCAUCAGUUGAUCAUUUGGCUCGCCUUUCAGAAAUGUGCUUUGUGUCUCGGAACACAGAAAAGCUUUUUUUUUUCUUCUUUCUCUGGAAGCAAUAAUGCGGUGGGGACAAAAUGAUGUUCCCCGGGGGGUUUGUCCAUGGACAAAACAAACCCCCGUGAACAUGUGCCGUUUAAAUUGAGAGCAAGUAUUCAAUAGAAUUAAUAUGUACGUGUAUGAUGUGUGUUCCUCUAGUAUAUACAGUAAAUAACUAAUACAUGUGUAUUGUAACCGGUGACUUACAUACUUAUAUCAUGUAUAUAAAGACUAGAACUCCACUUCAA